AUGGCUCGUUGCCUCCACCUCACAUUAUCACAUCAAUACAAGGUCUCCUCCUCCCGAGUCGGAGUAGAGACACCAUCUAUGAGCAGCACACGCCCACCCGCCUCAGUGCGCGCCGAAGAUGUCCAGAGAACGCACCUCGUCCAGUUCCCUCCGUUGCCCCAUACAAACAGCAAAACCGCAUCCAAGGUACAGGGAUCGAAGCAAUGGGUUCCUCUCGUGGCAGGCGGAGCCGGAGGCGUAACAGCCGCCCUCCUCACCGCACCCCUAGAUGUCCUCCGCACGCGUCUCCAAUCUGAGUUCUACCGCCGUCCCGCACUACCCCCUUUCUCCUAUUUCUCCCCCUCCACCAGUAGCGGCAGAGGCAUAGCAUCACGCACUCUCAGCCCAACAACACACAUCCGCGAGACUCUCCGCUUACUACUCGCCAUCCACCGCCUCGAAGGCCCACGCGCCCUAUUCAAAGGCGUCCUCCCCCUAAUCGCCGGACUCGGCCCCAGCAGCGCCUUGAAAUUCUGGACCUACAAUAGCGUCAAACGGGGCUUAGAAAACCACGGCGUUCAAGGGGCGUGGCUGCAUGCCAUUUCUGCGGCGGUGGCGGGGGGAGUGGUGUGUACUGUCAUGUGUCCGGUUUGGGUGGUCAAGACGAGGAUUUUGAGGGGGGAGGGGUGGAGGGGGUUGUGGAGAGGGUUGGGAGCGAGUUAUUUGGGGGUUGGGGAGACGGUUGUGCAGUGGGUUGUUUAUGAGCGCGUUAAGAGGGUUAUUAGGGAAAGAGAGGAGAGGAGGGAGGGAGCAGUGGACGGUGGGGAGAGGGAAAAGGGAGGGUGGGAGAGAGUGUGUGAUGGUGCUGUCUGGGCUGUUGCGGCGGGGGGAUCGAAGGGUGUAGCAGUUGGACUGGCGUAUCCGCAUGAGGUUCUGCGGACGAGGUUGAGGCAGGCGCCGCUGGUGGGUGGAAGGCGGAAGUAUAGGGGUGUUGUGCAGUGUGUGAGGUUGGUGGUGAGGGAGGAGGGGGUGAGGGCGCUGUGGGGAGGGUUGACGCCGCAUUUGAUGAGGGCGGUGCCGGCGGCGGGGAUUGUGUUUGGGGUUUUUGAGGUUGUUGUGGGGGUGUUGGGGGGGGAGGGGGAGUAG